AUGCCUUUUCUCAUUCCAAUCUUAAUCUUUGAUCUACUCGGUUCGAUUCCAAUCAUUUUCUGUAAUUUUAUUUAUUUUAUUAUGCGUUGUUGUGUUCAACCAAGUAUGAACUUGAAAACAUCGGGUGAAUUUUGUUGGCGAUUGGGAACCAUGACAUGCUUUCGAUUCGAUGCUCAUCAGAAUCGUCCACAAAUGAUUUUGCUGAUGCGAAUUUUUAUCAUUCUUGUUUCGUUUAUCUUACGAUUCAUGUGCUUCGUCAUUGGUGCAUCAUGCUCAGCUCGUUUUCAAUCUCAAUGCACGGCUUAUGCUGUUAUUGCCGGCUUUGCAAUCGUAUCAUCAAUAAUCGUUGUUAUUGUUGAGUUCGUCCAUUUUUUUCGCCUGUGGAAUUACAACCCAACCGAUAACCGAAAUAGCAAAGGUCGGAGUUAUAAUGUGGUAUCGGAACCAAAAAUGUUACAGAAAACCCAUCGUCGACAUCUUCGUUUUAUUGAUAAGUCGUUGUUAAAUGAUGAAAACUCGGAAGGUUUUCGACAUUCAAGGUGUAAACAAGAGAUGAGUUGUCAAAGUCAAAGUCUUCAUCAUUAUUUGUUGUAUCAUUCGCUUGAACAUCAUAACAUUCCUGAUUUUUCUGCCUUAACCGAUGCAGAAAAGAAGUGCUUUAUUGCCUUUUAUCAAACAACCUCGGAUGAUGCAUAUCUUAUUGCUCAAAACGGUUUUCCUUACGGGUCAGAUCCAUCAAAUACAUUCAAAGAUUAUUUGCAUCUACGAAAAGACAUCUUCUUUGCUCGAAAAUGUGAUUAUUCAACAGCAGAAGCAAUCAUUUGUGUACAAUUGAAUCUAGGAAGAGUGUUAACGCUUCCGAAUGUCACAAACGUUGAUGAAUUGAAUGUAUACUUUACAAAAGCAGACGGACAAUACGAUACAGUUUAUGCUUCGUAUACAGAACGAAUCUAUUUACGAGUACCUGAUCAGAUUGAACGAUGGAUUAUAACGAUUACUUCAAAAGGAAAAAUUACGGAUAAUCUCGAUGGAAAUUUCUAUCGACCUUGCGUAUGA